AUGGAGCCUCAAACCUGGGAAGAUCUAGAGAAUCCCACUGACGCCUUGCGUACCGUCAAGGAUUUGGCUGCGGGCGCCGCUGGCGGUAUCGCUCAGGUUCUGCUGGGUCAACCCUUUGACAUCGUCAAGGUCCGCCUGCAGACCACCAGUCAGUACAAGAGUGCCCUGGAUGGCGCUACCCAGAUCUUCAAGAAGGAGGGUCCCCUCGCCUUCUACAAGGGAACUCUGACCCCGUUGAUCGGUAUCGGUGCCUGUGUGAGUGUCCAGUUCGGCGCAUUCCACGAGGCGCGCCGUCGCCUCGAGGACCUGAACAAGAAAAAGUAUGCCGAUUCAGCUCUCUCCUACGGACAGUACUUCAUGGCCGGUUCGUUCGCCGGUGUUACCAACUCGGUCCUGUCGAACCCGAUCGAGCACGUGCGUAUCCGUCUGCAGGCGCAGCCGCACGGCGCCGGCCGUCUGUACUCGGGCCCCAUUGACUGCAUCCGCAAGCUGUCCGCAAACCAGGGCUUCAUGAAGGGUGUCUUCCGUGGUCAGUCCGUUACUGUUCUGCGUGAGGCCACCGCCUACGGAUCGUGGUUCAUGGCCUUUGAGUACAUGAUGAACCAGGAUGCCAAGCGCAACAACGUCAAGCGUGAGGAUAUCUCCGCUGUCAAGGUCGCUACCUACGGUGGUCUGGCCGGUGAGGCGCUUUGGAUCUCCAGCUACCCGUUUGACGUUGUCAAGAGUAAAAUGCAGACUGAUGGAUUCGGUGCCAACAUGAAAUACAACAGCAUGCGCGACUGCUUCAAGAAGACAUAUGCUGUGGAGGGCCUCGGUGGCUUCUGGAAGGGUAUCGGUCCUACCUUGCUGAGAGCUAUGCCUGUCUCGGCCGGUACUUUCGUUGUUGUCGAGCUUGCCAUGAAGGCCAUGGGAUAG